AUGACGUCCAAGACGUCCAAGAAGAAGCCGAGCCUGGCCGAGGUGAUGGACGAGCUGCAGAGCCGCUUCCUGGUGAACCUGCCCGAGUCGGAGCUGGCCUCGAGCGAGCGCCUCUUCUUCCAGAUCGAGCAGUGCUACUGGUUCUACGAGGACUUCUACGCCGACCAGUACGCGCACCUGCAGCACGUCAAGCUCAACGACUUCGCGCGGCAGAUGUUCGCGCACUGCCCGCUGCUGCGGCCGCUCGCGCACCGCUGCGACGAGCUGUUCCAGGACUUCAAGACGUACCAGCGCCAGGUGCCCGUGGUGGGCUGCAUCCUGCUCAACUCGGCGCGCACCAAGCUGGUGCUGGUGCGCAACUGGAAGGGCACGAGCUGGACCUUCCCGCGCGGCAAGGUGAACGAGGGCGAGUCGGACCUGGACUGCGCGCGGCGAGAGGUCUUCGAGGAGUGCGGCUACGACGUGGGCGACAGCCUCGCGCCCAAGCAGUACCUGGAGUUCGUGGCCAACGACCAGCGCAUGCGCAUGUACAUGUGCCCGGACGUGCCCGAGGAAUACGCGUUCGCGCCGCAGACCCGCAAGGAGAUCAGUACCAUCAAGUGGUUCACGUUCGACGCGCUGCCCAAGAAGACGUGGAGUGUCAUGCCCUUCAUGUCGAGAUUGAAGCGGUGGGUCAAGGGCCACAAGGCCACCAAGAAGAAGAGCAGCAACGCUGCUACCAACAGCACAGGCCGUGCAGCUUCAGCGCCGCGGAAUCGUCCGCUGACGUUGAUCACGAAUGGCGCGGCUCAGCAGAGCUCGGAGGGCAGCGGGGGAAAGAAGAAGACCGGCCAGGAGGAGCGGUCAGUUUCCACGCCGCACAACGACAGACCAACCUCGAACGGAUCCAGGAAAGCCAACCGCGGCCACUUCGGCACGGAGUUUGACACAGCCACGUCGUACGACGGGCUGAAUGACGAGACGUUCGGCAACGUCAAGACGGGCUUCAGCGUGGAAGAGAUGUUCAGCGUGAACGAGCGCCUCACGGGGCAGAAGUUUGAGUACGAUGGCAACCCGCACGACUUCGGCAAGCAGGCGUCGCGACCAACUGCAACGAGAGCAGCCGCUCCACUAUUUAACCCAACGGGCCCGACCCCGGUGCAGAUUCUUACGCGGCCUUCGUCAGCGCCGCUGAAGCGCGUUGAAGAGGAGACGUGUCCGUCGCCCAGUCCGCCUCGCCAGUCAACAGGCUCGUCACCGUUCGGGUCCUUCCAGUUUGACGCCGUGGAUAUCAUGGCCGUCGUGACGUAA